CAUCAAGCGGAAACGAAUCCGGGAGAUCGAUUUGCAGAGAGGGAAACAGAAGCGGAGCUAAAGCCUGAAUCAUGAUUUCGCAGUUCUUCGUUUUGUCUCAACGAGGCGAUAAUAUUGUAUUUCGCUACUAUCGUGGUGAAGUACCGAAAGGAGGUGCGGAGGUUUUCUCUCGCAAAGUUAAGUUUUGGAAAGAAGAUGGACAAGAAGAGGCGCCGCCUGUCUUUGUAGAAUGUGGAUGGUGUGAACUACUUUAAUGUGAAGGUUGUUGGAUUGUUGUUUGUUGCAACCACAAGGGUUAAUGCGUCACCGUCUCUUGUACUGGAGCUUCUACAAAGGAUUGCCUGUGUCAUUAAAGGUUAGCUGGGCAUUCUAAAUGAAGAGUCAUUGUGGAAGAACUUUGUUCUUGUGUAUGAGUUGCUUGAUGAAGUUAUCGUAAGUCUCUUGUCAUAUCGCAUAACCUUCUUAGCUUGUAAAAGGGUUUGCUGCUAUUUACCUUGGGAGUCUUGCAUGUAGCAUCAUGGUUUUGCUUAUGUAUGUUGAUAUGAGCUCACAAUUGAUUGUAUUUUGAGUUUUUUUUUUUGCAUAACCAAAUGUGGCUAUUCUGAUUAAAUUUUGCUAUGCUUUGUUGCUAUGGUGAAGCUGACUGUGGUUAUGUGCAAACAACAUCCACUGAAGUAUUGAAGCCCUAUGUAUUUAAUGAGCCAAUUCUGAUUGAUGCUGCACGACUCCAACCUCUUGGUCCUGCUGCAAUCUUUAUUCAAGGGACCAAAAGAAUGCCUGGGACAGCAGUCACAAAGUCUGUUGUCGCAAAUGAACCUGGAGGAAGAAAGAGAGAAGAAAUUUUUGUUGAUAUAAUUGAGAAAAUUAGCGUUACGUUCAGCUCUAGUGGAUAUUUACUGACUUCUGAGAUUGAUGGAACCAUUCAAACGAAGAGCUAUCUAACUGGAAAUCCAGAAAUCCAGUUGGCUCUUAAUGAUGACCUGAGCAUAGGAAGAAGCGGGGGAUCAGUUUGUGGUACUACCGAGUGUCAACAAUCUUUCUAUGAUAUUGGCCGAAAAAAUCUGAAAGAGUAUCAACAAUCAAUCAGAAGAUAAGCACUUUCUAAACUUGCUCCAGCAAGUAUUGGAACCAAUAAAUUGAGUAGCAAUGGAGAUGGGUUCCAGCAUAUUGGAAAUUCUUGCAAAAAUGUGAUAGGAAUUUAAGAAUUAAUCUUCAACUCAUGUAUACUUACCUCUUAAGUGAGUUCAUUAUUCCUGCUUUUUAAAGAUGCAUUUUCUUGGAUUAAAUUUAUUGUUGAUAUUUUAACAGAGUUAGUUUUGUGUUGGAAGCUGGAGCUGUUGGGCAAAGAACAGAUUUCAAAGAUGCAAACAAGAGACUUGAAUGGGGUUUGAAGAAGAUUGUUGGUGGUUCUGAAUAUAAACUGCGUGCAAAGUUGACAUUUUCACAAGAAUCACAUGUAAACAUCACAAAGGAAGCUGGACCAGUUAGCAUGACUUUCACAAUACCGAUGUAUAAUGCUUCAAGACUUCAGGUGAAAUACUUGCAGAUUGCUAAGAAAUCCAGUGCUUACAAUCCAUAUCGAUGGGUGAGAUACGUCACUCAGGCCAAUUCGUAUGUUGCUCGAAUCUAAUAUCUUAGAGCUUCCAUCUUUCCCCUGCACCUCAUUUGUUGUCAUGUUAUCACAUUUAGACCGGAUUCUCCGUUAUCGUUGAAUCAAAAUUAUGUUUCACUGAGUAGUUUAUCACUCACUGUGCACAUCAUAGGACAAAUUUUUGUUACCGGCAAUCAGUGGGUUACCUCCUGCUAGAAAGCAUGUCAGUCGAAGGAAGUCAGGGAGAAACUCCAUAACAUAUGAAUUGGCUUAUGGUUGGUAUCUAAUUCGAAGAAAUCUCAUGAACUGUA